UGGAAAUCGUUGUGGAUCGCCGGUGCAUUGAGUGUGGUAAUUUGUGUUUUGUUUUCGUGGUACAGAUGAUUAAUAUGGUAAUGACAGUUUUCGAUCGAGAAAAGGAAUUUUCGUCAGAAGGAUUUUAUGUUUUCGACAAAAGUAGGAAGAUACUUAUGUGAAAAUACUGCAAUGUGCGCAUUGAGUGGCUGAGGAAGGACACAUGCCUGAAACACAUUAAUAAUAGUUCUUCCCAUAAGAAGAACAAGGAGAAGGCGCUAACAACUACUGGUAUAUAAAGACAAGCUACGCUCACGGAAGUCACUGCAGCGGCAAAACGAGCGAAAAAUGAUAAAGAAAAAUUAAUUUUAUCGACUACUCGAGCUUUCAUUGAGGCUAACAUUCCGAUGUAAAAAGUUGAUCACCCGAAACUGAGAGAAAGGAUGAACAAAUACAUGCCAGGAAAUAGCACUGCUGAAAGCAUGGACUCUGAAUUUCUUGCGUGAAAAAAUGGAAAUAAAGCCUGUGCAUUUGCUUGCAUUAUUUAUAGUACCACAGGCACAUCACAUGAAGCAACUCUCAGUAACAAAGAAAGAGGAAGUUCAUGCCAUCCACACCCAUGUUUCAAGUGUGGUGCACUUCAGGAAUGUAAUACAGAGGAUGAAGCCUCACCAUCAAUGCCUUCAAAACUUGCUUUGGGAUGAGGAGGAAGAGGAAACUGUCGAUGAAGUUCCCGUGUAUCUGUUAAUUGGAAAACUAGAUCAGGGACAGUCACUUCAGGAGAAGUGGAAAUCAAGAGCAACAACUUAUCCUGGAUUGUUGCAAGAGGCACAAGAAGUUCUAUGUAAACCUGUGUCUAGUGCUUCUAGUGAGAGGAUAUUUAGUAGAGCUGUGGUUGUUAUUCACAAUAAAUGCAAUAGAAUAGCUUUGGAAAAUGUGAAUGACCUACUUAUGGUGCCCUAAAGUAGCAAUGUAAGUUUUACAUUCAUUUCCAUAACACACUAUUUUCACUAUCAUAAACCUCUAAGGUUAAUGCCUUGUUUUGGGAGUAAAUUUCCAGGAGGCUGUUAUAGCAUUAUGA